AUGUUUAGUCAUCGAGGAAAUAUGUUUCCAAUAUUAACAACAUUUGAACAUAAUGAAGAAAAUAAGGAAAAUUAUGAUUUUUCAUCGAAAAAAUCAGUUGAUGAAGAUAUUGAAAUUAUACAUGAUGAUUGUUUGAUUAUUGAACCAGAUAUUCCAAUACCAAUAUUCCAUGAUACAAAUUCACAUAUAUCAUUAGUGGGUAUUUUACCAAAUGAUUUAUCAAAACAAACAAAACUUUUUCUUAUUUACGAAAAUCGAAUAAUGAAUGUUCAUGUUGUGACAUCUGUUAAUAAUCUUGAACGACAUCAUCAUAUUACAAUUUCACAUGUUAAUCAUUUUUAUUCGAUACCAAAACGACAUUUAUAUCUAUCGAAUAUUUGUGAUAUUCAACAUAUAUCAAUUCCUCAACAAUAUCGAAUUAUGUAUAUAUCACCAUUAAAGAAACAAUUUUCUUUAGGAUUUAUAUGUGAAAAUCCUUCAGUGUAUAAUAAUUUACGUCAUUUAGUUUUAUUUGAUGAUGGUAGUGUUGCUUAUACAACGAUGAAUGAUCAUAUACAUUUAUGUCUUUGUCAAGAUUUUGAACGAAAUUUUCGUUCAAUUGAAUCAAAAUUAGUUCGAAAAGAUUUUCAAGAAUUAUUUUUCGAUAAAAAUUUAAAUAAAAAACAAUAUCAACUUCAUAAUUAUGUUCGAGUUAAAAAAUUUGAUGAUAAAUAUCAUAAUGCACAAAUAAUUGAUAUUGAUUGUUCAAUAAUGAAAUUAAAAUUCUAUGAAAGACAAGCACAAACAGAAAUAUGGAUGCAUCGACAAUCAUCAUUAAUUGAUGAUAUAUUUUUGUCACCAAUAGAAAUCGCAAGUCCUAUUAUUUUACAAAAUAAACGAAAACAUGAUGAAAUAUCACCAUUAAUCGAAAAUUGUAUUGGAUCUACAAACAAUAACAAUAUUUGUAAUGGUACAGAAUAUAGAUGUGCAACUUCAGAUGGAAAACGAAGACCAGGACGGCCGCGAAAAAAUCAUCUUCCACCAAACGAAACAAGAGUUUCUCUAUUGCCGUCAAUACACACUUUUCAUUCAAAUUCCUAUCAACUUCAUCAAUGUUCAUCAUAUUGUGUUUUGGGAAAAGAAGAAAAUUUUAAUCCAAAUUGUUUUACAGAAAAUCCGUAUAUAUUACCAUUUUCAUGUGGCUGGAAAUAUUUUCAUAUUAAUCGUUAUGCUAAAGGUCGAUUUACAAAAAAACCAUCAACACAUAAAACUACAACAUCGCGUUCGAAUUAUUUAUAUCGUUCACCAUGCGGUCGUUCAUUUUUAACAUUAGAUGAAGUUGAAACUUAUUUAUUUCAAACAAAUUCGAAAUUAACAAUAAAAUUUUUUAUUGAUAAUCUUUCGACACAUAUUGAAUCAUUUAUUGAAUAUGAUUCAAAAUAUAUUCUUAAUAACGAUAUAUCACAAGGAAAAGAAUCCGUUAAAAUAUCUGUUUAUAAUGAUAAUAAUAAUAAUCUUCCAGAUUCAUUUCUAUAUGGAACAGAAACUCGUUCAAAAUUAAUACUUCGAAAUGAUCCAAAUCCAAUAACAUGUUGUUCAUGUACAGAUAACUGUCGGGAUCGACUAAAAUGUCCAUGUUGGCGUAAAACAUUUGAACAAGCAAAAUCCAAUGAUAAUGAACAAAUCGUAAGUUGGCAACGACAACAUCUUUCUGAUGAACAAAUGAUUUCACGUUUUGGAUACGUUCAUCAACGUUUAAAAGCUCCUGUAUGGAGUGGAAUCUAUGAAUGUAAUUCAAAAUGUUCUUGUCAUACAAAACAAUGUACAAAUCGUGUUGUACAAAAUAGUUUAUAUCAACAAAUACAAUUAUUUCAUACGGAUACAAAAGGUUGGGCUUUACGUGCACUUCAUGAUAUACCACAUGGAAGUUUUAUGAAUGCAUAUGUUGGAGAAUUAAUUACGGAAGAAAUGGCAACGAAACGUGAUUUUAAAUAUCUAGCUAUAUUAGAUCAUACAAGUCAUUUAUAUACAAAUGAUAAUAAUAAACGAAAACAGUCAAUGAAAAAUUGCUUUAAUUAUAAUAGAAUCAUAGAUGAAACAAAUCAAAUUCCUAUAAAACGUUGUGUUCGUUUAUCAACCGAUAGUAUUAGCGAUGAAGAUGAUAAUGAUGAUGAUGAUGAUAGUGAUGAUGAAGAGAAUCAUUCAUGUUUUAUUCUUGAUGCGAAAUAUUAUGGGUCAAUCAGUAGAUUUUAUAAUCAUUCAUGUAAACCAAAUAUUCAUAUACAAAAUGUAUUUAUUAAUUCACAUGAUCCUCAAUUUCCUGUUAUUGCACUUUUUGCAUGUCGAAAUAUUCGAGCUGGUGAAGAAAUUUGUUGGGAUUAUAAUUAUACAGUUGGUUGUAUGUCUGGAGUUCGAAUUGAUUGUCAAUGUCAAGCGUCAAAUUGUCGUGGUCGUUUAUUAUGA